GCUUCAGAAUUACACAUCACAUGGGGAGCACCAUGCUCCCACUGUGCCCCAAAAGAGUUUCCCGGACAGUGUCCAGAGAAUCUAUUCGGAAAUAUGGGAUGUAUAAAAUCAAAAGGGAAAGACAGCUUGAAUGACGAUGGAGUAGAUUUGAAGACUCAACCAGUACGUAAUACUGAAAGAACUAUUUAUGUGAGAGAUCCAACGUCCAAUAAACAGCAAAGGCCAGUUCCAGAAUCUCAACUUUUACCUGGACAGAGGUUUCAAGCUAAAGAUCCAGAGGAACAAGGAGACAUUGUGGUAGCCUUGUACCCGUAUGAUGGCAUCCACCCGGACGACUUGUCUUUCAAGAAAGGAGAGAAGAUGAAAGUCCUGGAGGAGCAUGGAGAAUGGUGGAAAGCAAAGUCCCUUUUAACAAAAAAAGAAGGCUUCAUCCCCAGCAACUAUGUGGCCAAACUCAACACCUUAGAAACAGAAGAGUGGUUUUUCAAGGAUAUAACCAGGAAGGAUGCAGAGAGGCAGCUUUUGGCACCAGGAAAUAGUGCUGGCGCUUUCCUUAUUAGAGAAAGUGAAACGUUAAAAGGAAGCUUCUCUCUGUCUGUCAGAGACUUUGACCCUGUGCAUGGGGAUGUUAUUAAGCACUACAAAAUCAGAAGUCUGGAUAAUGGGGGCUAUUACAUCUCUCCACGAAUCACUUUUCCCUGUAUUAGCGACAUGAUUAAACAUUACCAAAAGCAGCCAGAUGGCUUGUGCAGAAGAUUGGAGAAGGCUUGUAUUAGUCCUAAGCCACAGAAGCCAUGGGAUAAAGAUGCCUGGGAGAUCCCCCGGGAGUCCAUCAAGUUGGUGAAAAGGCUCGGCGCUGGGCAGUUUGGGGAAGUCUGGAUGGGUUACUAUAACAACAGUACCAAGGUGGCUGUGAAAACCCUGAAGCCGGGCACUAUGUCUGUGCAAGCCUUCCUGGAAGAAGCCAACCUCAUGAAGACUCUGCAGCAUGAUAAGCUUGUGAGGCUGUACGCUGUGGUCACCAGGGAGGAGCCCAUUUACAUUAUCACCGAGUACAUGGCCAAGGGCAGUUUGCUGGAUUUUCUGAAGAGCGAUGAAGGUGGCAAAGUGCUGCUUCCAAAGCUCAUUGACUUUUCUGCUCAGAUUGCAGAGGGAAUGGCGUACAUCGAGCGGAAGAACUACAUUCACCGGGACCUGCGAGCAGCUAAUGUCCUGGUCUCCGAGUCACUCAUGUGCAAAAUUGCAGAUUUUGGCCUUGCUAGAGUAAUUGAAGAUAAUGAGUACACAGCAAGGGAAGGUAUGUUCCAGAUGACCGUUAUUGGAGAUUUGGCGGGGAGUGAGGGAAUGGCGUACAUCGAGCGGAAGAACUACAUUCACCGGGACCUGCGAGCAGCUAAUGUCCUGGUCUCCGAGUCACUCAUGUGCAAAAUUGCAGAUUUUGGCCUUGCUAGAGUAAUUGAAGAUAAUGAGUACACAGCAAGGGAAGGAAAGGUCACUGUGUCCUUAGAUGAAAAAAGCUGCCACUUAUUUCGAAUCCUUCCAGUGACCACGGAUGGUAAAAUAUACAGCUUUGAAAAAGAGAUAGCUAUGGAAAGGAAAUUAGUUGUGAUGAAUGCAGCCCCUCUCAUGUACCAGAAAUUUUUUCCCACCCUAGGGAGAACUAAUGCCGACGUGAUGACCGCCCUGUCCCAGGGCUACAGGAUGCCCCGUGUGGAGAACUGCCCAGAUGAGCUCUAUGACAUUAUGAAAAUGUGCUGGAAAGAAAAGGCAGAAGAGAGACCAACAUUUGAUUACUUACAGAGUGUCCUGGAUGAUUUCUACACAGCCACGGAAGGGCAGUACCAGCAGCAGCCUUAGAGCACAGGGAAACCCGUCCGUCUGGCAGGGGUGGCUGCCUCAUUUAGAGAGGAAAAGUAACCAUCACUGGUUGCACUUAUUAUUUCAUGUGCUGGGAUCUUCUGCCGUGCCUGGAUCCUGAAAUAGAGGCUCAAUUACUCAGGAAGAACACCCUCUGCAUGGGAAAGUAUUCUGUACUCUUAGAUGGAUGCUUCACCCAGUUGCAACUUGGACUUGUCCUCAGCAGCUGGUAAUCUUACUCUCCUUGACAACGUCUGAGUGCAGCCUUUUGAGAAGAAAACACCUAUUCCCUCCAAGAAUACACCCAGCUAGCUCUAUGUUUACAAAUGGACAUAGGACUCAAAGUUUCAGAGACCAUUGCAAUGAAUCCCCAAUAAUAUCAGAACUAAACUCAUUUAUAAAGCUAAAAUAACCAGAUACAUAGCAUGACAUUUCUUUGUAUUUUUCUCUAUGCUUUGGCUUACUUGUUAAAAAAAAAAAAAAAAAUUACUAAUCCAACCUGUUAGAUUUUGCAGGUGAAGUCAGCAGCUUAAAAAUGUCUUUUCCAGAUUUCGAUGUGUUUUUUUUUUCCCCUACCUCCCAAAAUCUGAGACUGUUAAACAUUUUUCUCCCAUGAACACUGCUCAGACCUGCUAGACAUGCCACAGGAGUGGCGUGCACAUCUCUGUCUCUUCCAGCAGGAAGAGCCCGUGAGCACACACAGCUGCCGAGCCGUGCAAUGUGCACCCGAGGGCACCGGGCUCACCUGGACCUCCCAGGAAAGGGAGAAGAGCCUCAGAAACUGCUCUGUGUUUAGAAGGAAUAUUUUUAAGGGUCCAGCUUUUUCAUUUCCACAAUUUCCUAUAUCCAGAUUUGUUUUGACAGUGUAGUUUGGAAGAACUAAGAUUCUAAUCUCUGAAGAACCUUAUAGAGCCUUCUAAAACAUAAGAGUUUCCUUUGUUGCUUCAAAGAUUUGAACAUUAUGUUAAAGAUCAAGUAUUAAUUUUAGUUGUACUCUAGAAAGUUAAAGUGCCACAUUUGGGGCUAUUUUUAUGAUUCAGCAAUCUUUUCUAAAUUGUGUAGCAUGUGUAUGAGACUAUUUAUACCCAAGGAUAUGAAGGAACGUAAGUGACUAGGAGGCUCUAGUGAGCCAUGGUGGCGGGAGGUUCAAGCCGUUUUGUUUACUAAAUUUUUCUCCUGUAAGCUUUGAAUGGAAACUUCUGUAUCACAUUAUGUGUUUCACUUAUGCUGUCGUGUAUAUACCUAAUAUUUCUAUUUUUGAUUUUAUUUUAAUACACCUCGUCCAAUAACAUCUCAAGCUUUUUAUUUGUGUUUACAUUUUCAGCUGUGGUCAGUGUAAAAACUGGUCAUUAGUUGGGGGUGGGGUGGUUAGAAGUGAUUCAAUAGAGCUACAUACUUUAAACUUGCCCAAGUUCUACCUCCUUCCUUUGAGCAUUUCAGAUUGGAGAACCAAGGAGUUGAUCACCUCAACGUCUGAACAUCCGUUUAUGGGGGCCAGAUAGAAUUUGUUUUCAAAUAGGCUUAACAGGCAUCAUUAAAAUUUCAUUCUGUGUGUUUUGUUUAGGCUUGAGGUGCUUAGAAGAUGGGAUAAAAUAUUCUACUUUUCUCUAAA